AGAAGAAGAUGUGUUCCCGCGCGCUGAAGAGGAGCGGUGGCGUUGAGCUGGUGGCGGCGGCGCUGCUGCUGCUCUCUGUCUCCGGUUGUUCAUGCAUGGAUGUGACGGUGUCCAGUAAAAUAAACGCUCUCAAUGGAACAACCGUUAAAAUCCCCUGCACAUUCACUUCCUGCUAUAGGAUGGAUGCUACCAAGUUUGCCAUGAACUGGACCUACCAGGAAUCCCUGAACGACACGGAGGAAAUGUUUAUGACAUACUUUAGGAAAAAAGGAAUGGUGCCUCUGCGCUCAGACCGCUUUGGAGACAGGGUCACGUUUGCUGGUGUCCUGGAGAAGAACGACCUGUCCAUCACCCUGUCGGAUGUUCAGCUGGAUGAUGAAGGCUUUUACAACUGCUAUGUGAGAAACCCUCCAGACCGCAACCAGGGACACGGCGUCAUAGAGCUCAUCGUUGUUACAGAACUUCCCCCUCCCAAAGAUUCGACUAUUGCUGUUGCAAUCGGGGCAUCAGUGGGUGGAUUGUUAGCCCUGCUGAUCCUAUCCAUGGUUAUAGUGAAAUGUCUUCGCCGACACCGGAAACCAGAGCUGAUUUCAGAGGAGAAGAUGGAGGAAGAGGGAAAGCUGGAGGCUGAAGGUGUUGCGGAGGAGGGAACAAAACAACCAUAGCGGAGUCGUCUGGUUGAAUCAGUAGCUGGUGAAGUGCUCAUCCC